CGGUACCACGUUAUCGAGUUUAUUAUUAUCCGCAGAUUCUCGAGAAAAUUUCAUUGCUCUCUUAGUUGUAGGACAAGUGCACACACGUUAGAAGACAGUGACAAAGCGCGUGAUAACGAAUUAGUGAGAUUUUUAUGUGAUAUAUUGUGAUAGAACAAUGAAUCUUUCGUUCGCUGGCUGCGGCUUCCUGGGCAUUUACCACGUCGGAGUGGCUUGCUGCUUCCGCAAGUAUGCCCCCCAUCUGCUCCUCAACAAAAUCUCGGGGGCCUCGGCCGGGGCCAUCGCCGCCUGCUGCCUCCUCCUGGACCUGCCACUAGGUGAAACGACCAGUGAUAUCCUUCGGGUGGCCACAGAGGCCCGGAGACGGUCUCUGGGCCCCUUCAACCCGUCCUUCAACAUACACAGCCUUUUGCUGGAAGGAUUAGAGAAGUUCCUUCCCGACGACGCUCAUAUCCGUGUCAGUGGGAAGCUCCACAUUUCGUUGACACGUGUCCACGACGGCAAAAACGUAAUCGUUUCGCAGUUCGACAGUCGGGAGGAACUCAUCCAGGCGCUCCUGGCCACAGCCUUCAUCCCGAUUUUUUCCGGGAUUAUCCCACCCAAGUUCAAAGGAGUGCGCUAUAUGGACGGGGGGUACAGCGAUAAUUUGCCGACUUUGGACGAAAACACAAUUACUGUCAGCCCCUUCUGUGGGGAGAGUGAUAUCUGUCCCAGAGAUGAUAGCUCGCAGUUGUUUCAUAUUAACAUAGCUAAUACUAGUAUAGAGCUGUCGAAGCACAAUAUUUAUAGGAUUAUGCGGAUUUUGUUCCCGCCUAAUCCGGAAGUCUUGUCAAAUAUGUGCAAGCAGGGGUUCGAUGACGCGCUCCGAUUCUUGCACAGGAACAAUCUGAUUAAUUGCACGAGGUGUCUGGCUGUUCAGUCGACGUUUGUCGUUUCGGACACUUUGGAGGAGAACUUGGAGUACGACCCCCAAUGCAAGGAGUGCAAGCAACACAGACAGGAAGCGCUUGUCUCAAACAUGCCCGACACCGUCUUGAGCAUCUUCCAAGAGGCGAUUGAUUCAGCCAACAACGGUCUGCUUAAUUGGGUAUUCAAACACCGGGGAAUGAAACUGUUAUCCGUUCUAAGUCUUCCAUACACACUGCCUGCAGAUAUGAUGUACGCCACAUUUACCAAAUUGGGCGUGAUCCCGGCAGUUAAAAAGGCCCCCAUGGUAAUUUCCCGAACUGUAACCGAUUUUAAUUUUAUGAGUGCCGUUGGUAGCCAUUUCGAAACCCGGUCUUUCCGUUUUCGUAAUUUACGAACCCCAGCGAUUGAAACUAACGUCCUAAUGCCCUGUUCUGCAUGCUCUCAUUUAAAUAACGAAAGGAGGUUGAUGGCUGCGGCUCCACAAGUGGGCAACACGGUCUGGGACGUUAGUAAAUAUUUCAUGGACCAGCUCUCACACCUGCUCAAUAAAGUCAACAAGAAGCGGGAACAAAUCAGUGCGAAAAUAAUUUGCCAAUUGGCCGUAACCGAAUACGGAGGAAGAGAUGUCGAAGCUUGUCAGGACGCGCUGUCCACUAAAAAUAAAAUGAACUUGAACUUUACUCUCAAUUUAGAUGAUAGUGAUCUACCUUUGACUCAAAGUCCGGGCCGCAAGUUCGCAACGACUAAAAUACUCCAACGGAAGCCUAGUCUGACAAUAAACCGGACCGAUACCGGAGAUGACGACACUUUCGAGCACAUUUUGCAAGUAACGUCGCACCAUGAAACCAUAAUGGCUUACUAUUAUUUGGACGAAAAUAAUAAAGUUAAAGUCACGGAGAUUUUCGACGUUACGGAAAGCGACUCCCCCAUCGUGCAAUCCUCCCAUGAGAAGGAGUUCAACAAGAGUUUGGAGUUUGACGAUGAUUGGGAUGAGUCUACUUGGACCACCACUCACGCUCUCGAUGAUCAAAUGUAUCUAGACGAGAGGAGGAAGAGUUUGGCCGAAAUGUCCGAGUAUUCGCUUGAAGAUCUUCUGGAUAAGGACACCUCGAACUUGUUUUCGGACCCGGAAAGCGAGUGGACUGGCACUUACAGGAUUGAAGAGCCGGAAGAUGAGGAUGAGAUGCCCACAGCUGAUCUGAGACCGGAAUCAGACCAACCGAGUUAUUUAAGGACCACCACGAUACCCUCUUUCACAUUCCACGAAGAGUCAUAAGUUAAAAAUCGUCAUUUUGGUGUAACCAAAAUUGUGAUAUUGUAUAAAAAAAGAUAUUUAUUAAGUAUUAUAUGACCACAUUAUGGCUAUUUAUGAUAACUUAUGAUAGUUUUUAGUUGUAUAAAAAUUAUAAAGUAUUGUUAUUAGUUCAAAUUAUCUUUUAUAUUGUUCGCAAUAAAAACGGUUGUACUAA